CUCACCAGCUGCCUAAAGCUGCAGCAACCGGAUGCCGGAAGGACCACGCUGAAUGCCGGAAGAGUCACACGGGUUGUGGAAGAACUACUGCAAAGGAGCCGAACGCCAAAUAAAUGGUCUUGCAACUUGGAAAAAGAUCUAAUUUUUUUUCCUAUGGAUCACUGAAUAAGAAAGAGAUGGUUUUGCCUCGUCUGACAGGAGCCCUGCGCUCCUUUUCAAAUGUCACCAGACAUGAUGAUUACAAAGAAGACUCUACAGACUUGAUGACCAAAAGAUCGAAGUUGCGUGAACAAGUUUUGGAGGCUGACCUUACUUGGAAGAAAAUAACUCAAUUUGUCUCUGGCAUUGUGGACAAGAAGGAGCGUGAAACAAUAAACGUGGGUCUAAAAGAAAUAUUACAGGCUGCAAAACAAAUUGUUGGAACUGAUCAUGGACAGGAGGCAAUUGAAAGUGGAGCCAUAUUCCUACUAAGGACCUUCUACGAUAAGGAAAGCGUUGGACAAAACGAGACAAAGGCCCUUAAAGAUGUAUUUGGCCCCUUUCCAUCAACCGCCGCCACCGCAGCUUGUAAUGCAACAUACAGAAUUGUGUCGCAACUCAGUCAGGAGCAACUUGAGAAUCUUGAAGCAUUUUUCAAAAAGAAAGAUGGUGGAACCAGGAUCUUUUUUGGGGAAAAUGUGGUGUUCUCAUUUGAUAUGUAUGAAUUAGAAGAGACUUAUGAAAUGCCAACAAAUGGCAGUGUUGAAUUGGAAAAUGGCCUCACCUUAGAUUUUAAGAAGUUUCAAAAUAACAACAUAGAACCAUGCACAUCUCCCCAAAUACGACCCAAAGCUAAUGACAGUGAGGAUGACGGUUAUUUUUUUCGGAAUGAAGUGGAGAAAUAUGUGCUUGGCACCUUACAGGCAACUUCCGGGAGCCCCACAGCAGAUGACCUUUGCAGUACUUUAUUUGAGAUGCUUGCAUCUGCUAAAAGUAAUGAUGAGCUUCAAAAUGAGUUAUUUGAACUCCUGGGCCCUGAAGGAUUUUCGUUUAUAGAAGUACUCUUACAGCAGCGGCAAAGAAUCGUAGAGAGAUCUCUGUGUUGGUCCAGUGAUAACCAGCCGCACUUUUCCCAAGAUCCACGCAGAAGAAAUGCGGGAGACAUCCAAAAACCCAAUUAUGGCUGUCAAGUCACUGUUCAGUCCGAGCAGGAGAAGCAGCUAAUGAAACAGUACCGGCGAGAGGAAAAACGUAAUGCCAAACGAGAAAAACGAGUAGGGGACGAUGGGGAGUACGGAGAAGGACAGUUCUGGUUUGAUCCCAAGGAGCUGCGAAUGCACAGAGAACAAGCUCUUUCAAGUGCUCGAACAAUGCCUAUUCUGUCAAGGGAAAGAGACACAUGGGAAAGAAUUCAAUAUCCACAUGUUUAUGAUUCCCGUGCUGAAGCAAUGAAAACUUCUGCAUUUAUUGGAGGUGCUAAGCUUCUUCUACCAGAAGGUAUUCAAAGAGAUAACAACAAAAUGUAUGAAGAAGUAAAAAUCCCGCCAUCUGAACCAAUGCCUAUUGGUUUUGAAGAAAAACCAGUGUACAUAAAAGACUUAGAUGAGAUUGGACAGGUAGUCUUUAAGGGUAUCAAAAGACUUAAUCGCAUCCAGUCCAUCGUAUUUGAGACAGCCUACAACACAAAUGAGAACAUGCUUAUAUGUGCGCCUACAGGAGCCGGCAAAACAAAUAUCGCCAUGCUGACAGUUCUACAUGAAAUUCGUCAAAACAUCCAACAAGGUGUUAUUAAAAAGGAUGAAUUUAAGAUUGUAUACGUAGCUCCCAUGAAGGCCUUGGCGGCCGAGAUGACAAAUUACUUCAGUAAACGGCUAGAGCCACUGGGUAUCUCUGUGAAAGAGCUGACUGGUGAUAUGCAGUUGUCAAAAGGUGAAAUUCUACGAACCCAGAUGUUAGUUACCACCCCUGAGAAAUGGGAUGUUGUGACCAGAAAGAGUGUUGGAGAUGUAGCUCUGUCUCAGCUUGUAAGACUGCUGAUAUUAGAUGAAGUGCAUUUGCUUCAUGAGGACAGAGGGCCAGUACUGGAAAGCUUGGUAGCACGAACACUACGACAGGUGGAAUCGACGCAGAGUAUGAUAAGAAUUUUAGGUCUCUCUGCUACCCUUCCCAAUUACCUUGAUGUGGCAUCCUUCCUUCAUGUCAAUCCCUACAUUGGACUUUUCUACUUCGAUGCAAGAUUCCGUCCUGUUCCUCUUGGACAAACAUUUAUUGGAAUUAAGUCGACCAAUAAGACCCAGCAACUCCAUGAUACAGAAGAAGUCUGCUAUGAAAAUGUUCUGAAAGAAAUUAAAGCCGGGAGACAGGUGAUGGUUUUCGUUCAUGCCAGAAAUUCCACUGUGAGGACGGCGAUGGCCUUGAGAGAACUCGCAAAAAACAAUGGCCACAUUUCAUAUUUUUUGCCAAACCAAGGAUCUGAUUAUGGCCAAGCUGAAAAGCAGGUGCAAAGGUCCAGAAAUAAGCAGCUGAGAGAGUUGUUUCCAGAUGGAUUUAGUAUUCAUCAUGCAGGCAUGCUGCGGCAAGAUAGGAGUUUGGUGGAAAAUCUUUUUUCUCAGGGACAUAUCAAAGUCCUGGUUUGUACAGCCACAUUAGCCUGGGGUGUCAAUCUCCCCGCGCAUGCCGUUAUCAUUAAGGGAACACAAAUAUAUGAUGCAAAGAGAGGAGCGUUUGUCGACCUUGGCAUUUUAGAUGUCAUGCAGAUCUUUGGUAGAGCUGGUCGUCCACAGUUUGACAAGUUUGGUGAGGGCACCAUCAUCACAACUCAUGAGAAACUCAGCCACUACCUGACUCUUCUUACUCAGCAAAACCCAAUUGAAAGUCAGUUUCUUGGGAGCCUAGCAGACAAUCUGAACGCAGAGGUUGCUCUCGGAACCGUGACUAAUGUGGAGGAAGCCGUGAAGUGGCUGAGUUACACUUAUCUCUAUGUGCGCAUGAGAGCAAAUCCAUUAGUUUACGGCAUCGGCCACCAGGUGUAUCAGAUGGAUCCUACAUUGGAGAAGCACAGAGAGCAACUAGUGAUUGAAGCGGGGCGUAAGCUGGACAAAGCUCGCAUGAUUCGCUUUGAAGAAAGAACUGGAUUCUUCUCGUCUACUGACUUGGGCAGAACUGCGAGCCACUUUUACAUUAAAUAUAACACCAUCGAGACAUUUAAUGAAUUAUUUGACGCCCACAAAACAGAGGCUGAUAUUUUCGCUAUCGUCUCAAAAGCAGAAGAAUUUGAGCAGAUAAAGGUGCGUGAUGAAGAGAGCGAAGAGUUAGAGCACCUUAUCAACAGCUAUUGUGAACUUCCUGUUGCUGGUGGUGUGGAGAAUGGAUACGGAAAAAUAAAUAUCCUCCUUCAGACAUACAUCGGCAGAGGAGAACUUGACAAUUUCUCUCUUAUCUCUGAUUCUGGAUAUGUGGCACAGAAUGCUGCUCGAAUCGUGAGAGCCCUUUUUGAAGUAGCUUUGAGGAAAAGAUGGCCUGCCAUGACAUACAAGCUUCUUAACCUCAGUAAAGUCAUCGACAAGCGUCUUUGGGACUGGGCAAGUCCACUUAGGCAGUUCCCUAUCCUGGCACCUUCUGUGCUAACCAAACUGGAGGAGAAGAAGCUUACCAUUGAUAAAAUGAAAGACAUGAGAAAAGAUGAAAUUGGUCACAUGCUGCACCAUGUGAACAUCGGGCUAAAGGUGAAACAAUGCGUCCAUCAAAUUCCAUCCAUUACAAUGGAAGCAUCCAUCCAGCCUAUUACACGGACGGUCCUCAGAGUGCGAUUGACUAUAACGCCUGACUUCAAAUGGAGCGACCAGGUCCAUGGAACCGUUGGCGAGCCCUGGUGGAUUUGGGUUGAAGAUCCAACUAACGAUCACAUCUACCAUUCAGAAUAUUUUCUCCUUCAAAAGAAACAGGUUGUUACAAAAGAACAGCAGCUUCUGGUGUUCACAAUACCCAUCUUUGAACCAUUGCCUUCUCAAUACUAUAUCCGAGCAGUAUCGGAUCGAUGGUUGGGCGCUGAGGCUGUCUGCAUUAUAAAUUUCCAACAUCUGAUUUUGCCAGAAAGACAUCCUCCACACACAGAAUUACUGGAUUUGCAGCCUUUGCCAGUCACGGCCCUUGGAAAUAAAGAAUAUGAAUCCCUGUACAAAUUUACCCAUUUCAACCCAGUUCAAACACAGAUCUUUCACACACUUUAUCACACAGACACCAAUGUCUUACUGGGUGCUCCUACAGGCUCUGGAAAGACGGUAGCUGCUGAGCUGGCCAUCUUCAGGGUCUUCAACAAAUAUCCAACAUCUAAGGCAGUAUAUAUAGCGCCUCUGAAGGCCCUGGUACGUGAGAGAAUUGAGGAUUGGAAAGUAAGGAUUGAAGAAAGACUUGGAAAGAAAGUUGUAGAGCUUACAGGAGAUGUCACACCUGACAUGAGGGCUAUUGCAGAAGCUGAUCUUAUAGUCACUACCCCAGAGAAAUGGGACGGAGUCAGUAGAAGCUGGCAAAAUAGAAGCUACGUACAGAAGGUUUCCAUCCUCGUUAUAGAUGAAAUACACUUGCUUGGGGAUGAGAGAGGUCCUGUACUAGAAGUAAUUGUGUCAAGAACAAAUUUUAUUUCUUCCCACACCGAAAGAACCGUAAGAGUGGUCGGCCUGUCCACAGCUCUUGCUAAUGCUAGAGACCUGGCUGACUGGUUGGGGAUUGGACAGAUGGGCCUCUUUAACUUUCGACCAUCUGUGCGUCCAGUUCCUCUAGAGGUUCACAUUCAGGGUUUCCCAGGACAACAUUACUGUCCCCGAAUGGCCAGCAUGAACAAGCCUGCGUUUCAGGCUAUAAGAAGCCAUUCACCCGCAAAGCCUAUACUCAUCUUUGUGUCAUCGAGGCGUCAAACUCGACUCACUGCCUUAGAUUUGAUUGCAUUCUUAGCAACUGAGAACGACCCCAAACAAUGGCUUAAUAUGGAUGAAAGAGAGAUGAAUGACAUCAUUGGAACUAUUAAGGAUUCAAACCUGAAACUGACCCUUGCUUUUGGGAUUGGCAUGCACCAUGCAGGCUUGCAAGAGAGAGAUCGAAGAACUGUGGAGGAGCUGUUUGUCAACUGUAAAAUCCAAGUUCUUAUUGCGACCAGUACACUUGCUUGGGGUGUGAAUUUCCCCGCUCACUUAGUAAUUGUUAAAGGAACGGAAUUUUAUGACGGGAAAACAAGGCGUUAUGUGGAUUAUCCAAUUACAGAUGUAUUGCAGAUGAUGGGACGGGCUGGUAGGCCUCAGUUUGAUGAUCAAGGGAAAGCUGUUAUCUUAGUACACGAUAUCAAGAAAGAUUUUUACAAGAAAUUUCUGUAUGAGCCUUUCCCAGUAGAAUCCAGUUUGUUGGAGGUGCUGUCUGAUCACUUAAACGCCGAGAUUGCAGCUGGAACCAUAACAUCGAAGCAAGAUGCCAUGGACUACAUAACAUGGACCUACUUUUUCCGUCGUCUGAUGAUGAACCCCAGCUACUACAACUUGGAAGAUAUUAGCCAUGACUCCAUGAACAAGUACCUUUCAAAUCUGGUGGAGAAGUCACUGAUUGAUCUAGAAUGCUCAUACUGCAUAGAAAUUGCAGAGGAUAACCGUAAUAUUGAACCCCAAACCUAUGGACGGAUUGCCUCCUAUUACUACCUGAAGCACCCAACAGUUCGAAUGUUCAAGGACCGCAUGAAACCGGAUUGCAGCUUAGAAGACCUGCUUUCAAUACUCACUGAUGCUGAAGAGUACACGGAUCUCCCAGUCAGACACAAUGAGGACCAAAUGAAUAGUGAGUUGGCCAGACACCUUCCUAUUGAGCUCAAUCCUCAUUCAAUGGACAGCGCCCAUACAAAGACCCACCUGCUACUGCAAGCCCACUUCAGCAGGGCUGUGUUACCCUGCCCAGAUUAUUACACCGAUACUAAAACCGUUCUGGAUCAAGCCAUCAGAAUCUGCCAGGCUAUGUUGGAUGUUGCUGCAAACCAUGGUUGGCUUGUCACAGCUUUAAACAUAUCAUACCUGGUGCAAAUGAUCAUUCAAGCCCGAUGGGUGCAUGAUUCGUCCCUCCUCACGUUGCCCAACAUUGAAAAGCACCACCUGCAUCUAUUCACCAAAUGGGUCCAAGGAUCAAGAAGGCCAAACUCUGCUAAUUUUAACGGCCCCAUUGAGUGUCUUCCAGAGCUGCUAGCUGUAUGUGAAGGAAGGGAAGACAUCUUCACUAGCAUUUUACAACGGGACCUCCAAGGUGGACAUAUUUCACAGGCCUGGAGUUUUGUUGCUAAUCUUCCAUUGAUUGACAUUAGUUUGCAAAUAAAGGGAUGCUGGGAUCGUGCAGUUCAGACACAAAGUGAGGUCUCCAUCCCCACUAACAUCUCUGGUACACAAGAGAAAAAGUGGAUUAUGUUACAUGCCGAUCAGGAAUAUGUCCUCCAAGUAAGCCUACAGAGGAUUCGUGCCGGAUACAGAAAGGGAAAACAAGACAGCAAAGCAAUUGCUCCCAAAUUUCCAAAAGCCAAAGAUGAAGGUUGGUUUUUAAUCCUGGGAGAAGUGGACAAGAAGGAACUGGUUGCUCUGAAAAGAGUCGGCUAUGUCCGAAACAGGAACGUUGCAUCGGUGGCAUUUUACACUCCAGAAAAUACUGGAAGGUACAUCUACACGCUGUAUGUGAUGAGUGAUAGUUACCUUGGGAUGGACCAGCAGUACGACAUAUACCUAAACAUAGUUCCAGCGAGCAUAACAGCUCAAGUCAACUCUGAGGUCACCAGCUCCUUGGAUGGACUAGCCUCGAAGUAACCUGAUCCUCUCAGUGCUACUGGUAGAGGAUUAUUUGGAAGGCCAGCUGUUAAAUCAUUCAGGACUGGCCGGAAAUGACUUGAUGCUUUAUUCAGAAGUCAACUUUCAACCUCAACACACUUAAAGUAUACAUAGGAUUUGUAAACACACUAUCACAUGGGCCUUAUAGAUUGUUGCCUGCUUUUAUUAACAUGUAUGAAAAAUAUGUGCAAUGUAUGUCACUUCAACGCACAAUGUAAACAAGGGGAAAAAAGUAGGAACUAUCUAAAGUUUUUUUGGGGA